AUGUCCCUGACAGCAACUGCCUCUACUAUAUUUCGGAUUACGAACUUCUUAAUUGCCUUGUCUUUGGGCACGCACCGGGCGCAGUUCGUGCAGCGAAUAGGCUGCACGUGGCCGCGGCCCUUUUUGGCACGACCAUUGUUUCUCCUUUUCUUCGUAACUCAGCAGCAGUACUCAAAGAGAAUGAAUUCUAAGAAGCAACUUGAGAGUGAAGUCAGAAACACCAACAGAGCCAGCAUUUGCUUCACGUUCCUGGGGCUGCUGACAAUGUGCAAGAUAUGGAUGGCACUUGGCAGAGGCUGCUUUGCCCUGGUCAUGCUGCUGGCAAUUGUGGACAUUCUGCCUGCUGAUGAGGACAGACACCUCCCUCCCCUGAGAAUUCAGGGAUGCAAACGCAUUUCAAGUUCAACUUCCCAGAAAGGAAAGCAACUAAAUUUAACCUGCACUGUGUGGCUUAAGAAUGAAGAGGCUGAGGGGACUACAGUGAUAUUGUGCAAAGUCAGAAAGGGGACCAUCUGCACCCCUAAGUUCAGCUUGAAGCAGCUGAAAAUUAAACCAGAUCUUGGAACAGAUGGUAUCAGUGAGAGAUCAUUUGAUUUGGUGUUCACUAUAAAUGAAGUCACAAUGUUGAACAACGGGACCUAUCAGUGUGCUGCCACAAGUCAGAAUCCAGAAAGCCAUCUUCUGGACCACUUUUUCUUCAUUUUAGUCUCAGAAACAGGAAACUACACUGUGCAGGGACUGAAACAAAGACAACACUCUGAGCACAGCCACAGUAAAAGCAUUCUCAAUUCAGGUUUCUGGCAAGAAAAGACCUGGGAGAUGCUGGCAGCCAGCCUGGUGAUCGUUCAAGGUAUGUCAAAAAGGACCUUCAGCAAGCAUCCCAAGAAAUGA